UCCUGGAUUGGUUAAGAUCCCUUUUAAGUGUGUGCUUUGUUCUCUGAAAAGCUGAGGUCAGUUGAGCAACAUGCUGCUAAUGUUUGGGGGAAAAAAAAAGAGCUGAGUAAUGCUAGAGCCUUCUCAUGUGGCUGAUGCAAACCUGGAGAAUUUGCAUCAUCAUUAAGCUGGAAUAAGUUGGUGUGACAGGCAGGAGCUUAAAUACCAGCCCAUGAGGAAGCUGAGCUGGUCUGUAAUGAUAGGGCGGCAGCAGCAGCCGCAGCCUCAGAGGUAGAGUCGGAGGUGGUGGAGGAGCGAGAGCACCAUGAACACACAGGUGUUUCUGAGGAGUAAUCAGAGAGCUGGGAAGGAGAAAAAGGCACCUUUGAGUUUUUACCUGUGAACACAAUAGCCCUGAGAGAGACAGUCUGAAAGCAAAGAGGAAGAGAUUUGGUCAGUCACACCAAGAGAGACCAAAGUGGAAAGUUUUGGGUUUUGUUCUUGUUUUUGUUUGGUUUUGUUUGGUUUUGUUGUUGCUUUUUUUUUUUUUUUUUCCUGUGUUUCCUUUUUCCCCGCGUGUCACUACAAUGGUCAGAAAGCCUGUUGUGUCCACCAUCUCCAGUGGAGGUUACCUGCAGGGGAAUGUUAAUGGGAAGCUGCCUUCUUUGGGUGGCAAGGAGCCACCUGGGCAGGAGAAAGUGGUGCUGAAGAAGAAAAUCACUUUGCUGAGGGGCAUCUCCAUCAUCAUUGGCACGAUCAUUGGAGCAGGAAUCUUCAUCUCUCCUAAGGGCGUGCUCCAGAACACGGGCAGCGUGGGCAUGUCUCUGAUUAUCUGGACAGUCUGUGGGGUCCUGUCUCUGUUUGGAGCCUUGUCCUAUGCUGAAUUGGGAACAAGUAUAAAGAAAUCUGGUGGUCAUUAUACAUACAUUCUGGAAGUCUUUGGCCCAUUACCAGCUUUCGUACGAGUCUGGGUGGAACUGCUCAUAAUACGCCCUGCAGCCACUGCUGUGAUUUCUCUGGCAUUUGGACGCUACAUUCUGGAACCAUUUUUUAUUCAGUGUGAAAUUCCUGAACUUGCAAUCAAGCUCAUUACAGCCGUGGGCAUAACUGUAGUGAUGGUCCUAAACAGCAUGAGUGUCAGCUGGAGUGCCCGGAUCCAGAUUUUCCUAACCUUUUGCAAGCUCACAGCAAUUCUGAUAAUUAUAGUCCCUGGAGUUAUGCAGCUAAUUAAAGGGCAAACACAACACUUUCAAGAUGCCUUUUCAGGAAGAGAUGCAAGUAUCAUGGGGUUGCCACUGGCUUUUUACUAUGGGAUGUAUGCAUACGCUGGCUGGUUUUAUCUCAACUUUGUUACGGAAGAAGUAGAAAAUCCUGAGAAAACCAUCCCCCUUGCAAUCUGUAUAUCCAUGGCCAUCGUCACCACCGGCUACGUGCUAACAAAUGUGGCCUACUUUACGACCAUUAGUGCCGAGGAGCUGUUGCUUUCAAAUGCAGUGGCAGUGACCUUUUCUGAGCGGCUACUGGGAAAUUUCUCAUUAGCAGUUCCGAUCUUUGUUGCCCUCUCCUGCUUUGGCUCCAUGAAUGGUGGUGUGUUUGCUGUCUCCAGGUUAUUCUAUGUUGCGUCUCGAGAGGGUCACCUUCCAGAAAUCCUCUCCAUGAUUCAUGUCCGCAAGCACACUCCUCUGCCAGCUGUUAUUGUUUUGCACCCCUUGACGAUGAUAAUGCUCUUCUCGGGGGACCUCUACAGUCUGCUGAAUUUCCUCAGUUUUGCCAGGUGGCUUUUUAUUGGGCUGGCGGUUGCUGGGCUGAUUUAUCUUCGAUACAAACGCCCAGAGAUGCAUCGUCCUUUCAAGGUGCCACUGUUCAUCCCGGCUUUGUUCUCCUUCACGUGUCUCUUCAUGGUGGCCCUUUCCCUGUAUUCGGAUCCAUUUAGUACAGGGAUCGGUUUCAUCAUUACUCUGACUGGGGUCCCUGCAUACUAUCUCUUUAUCAUAUGGGACAAGAAGCCCAAGUGGUUUAGAAGAAUGUCAGACAGAAUAACCAGAACAUUACAAAUAAUACUGGAAGUUGUACCAGAAGAAGAUUGUCAUAAAUUAUGAAUUAAUGCAUUUGAAAUCUUGGCAAUCUGCGCUUGGCCUUGUUUCUGCCCAAAGGGCUGAAACAAAAUGUGGAUCUUCACUUCAUUUUAUGAAAAUCCAGAAGAUUUCAACUUUGGUGAUGGACUAAAGGAAUCAGUUAUUUCUAUUCGUAUCUUUUAGUGUAUUCAAACUGGUUUCUAAGAAAUUUAGUUAUAACUCCAUGUAGUUAUAGAAAGUGGAUAUGCAAGCCUUCCAUGAGCUCACAUGAUCUUUGAAUCCCUGAUACCUAUAUGAAGUUAGAGGAAAAAGACUACUGCAUGAAACAUUACUUCAGUGGUCUUUAUAACAUAUGGCUAAGAACCUUCAAACUGAACACCAAGAUGUUUUCUGUAUAUAUGGGAUCUAUAACAGACAGUUUUUGCAUACUGUAGUUGACUAUACUGUGAAAAGUGUUUUCUAUUCUUCUGGGGGAUAAAAGGCAUGCAUCAUCAUUAUGGACCAAGCAAAGGAAGAAAUUUAUUUCACAUCAGCAUUGUAUUGCUUCCCCAUAGAUACUAACUUAGAUACCAUCUUGUAAUGAAUUAUACCCAGAGCAUUUUGAACAAAGGGCAGGGGCGAUAUGCCCAAUUUUAAUGAAUACAUUAAAGAGCUUCUAGGGACUAUUGUUCAUGAGAAAAAUCCAGGAAUUAUGUCUAAAAAUUAUUGAUAAUUGAUGAUGUUAGGGUGUUUUCACUCAUUAUCAGGAAGCUCCAUGGUUAUGGGCCACUUUAUUUUCAUGGCAGCCCAUUUGAUCAGGAAAGGAUGUAGCAUCUUUCUUAGCAAUACUCAGUUUGGUAUUAAAUACCAGUUUGGUAUUAAUACUAAGCAAUACUCAGUUUGGUAUUAAAUCAUCUUAAGCACAGUCACUUGUUUUGCUAAUAAUUUGCCCCUUGAUAACAUAUCUAAACAUGUGCAUUUUUGAAUCUUCAAAUUGCCAUGUCCAUGAAAGACAGAAAUCACCAAGAAAGAAAAUACCCAAAAUAUUAUGUCCAACACUAUAAUCCCAUCUAUAUGCAGUGUUAGUAAUUAUGAACAUUUUUUUUAAAAUUUCAUAGUUAUUUUUACAUGGUGAUAAAUUUUGACAGUUUAUACAUUUCCUUUAUAUAUUUUAUAUUCUGUUAAGAUAUCUCUUCAGAUAUAACUGUCCAGAUUAAUUAGGAAAAGGCAUAUAUUUACAUAAAAAUUGAGGAAGAAAAUGUCACAGUUAAAUAAGUUUUACAACUGAUGUUUCUAAAAAUUUCCCAUUCUUUAUCUCAACUUUGUCAGUAAUUUCCUCACCUUAAUUAUCAUUCAACUUGCAAAAGAGAUAACUGAUAACAAAUUCACUGAAAGGUGAAAGUGUGUGUGUGUGUGUGUGUGUGUGUGUGUGUGUAUUCAGACAGGUGUUUUAAUGCUAAGUUUGGAAAAUAUUGUGGAAUUUUCAAAUAAGUGUCAAAUAAUGGUAGAAAGCAUAAAUUAUUAUUUACAUACAACCAAGAUCAAGUAGUCCAUCAUACCUGAGUAUGUUUAUCCUUUAAUUUUAAAAGUGACAAUUUUGGAAAGAAUUACACUGAUUAAGAUAAUCAAGAGCUGAUAGUUCAUAAACAAUUGACCAAAGUAGAAAUUAUGAUUUAUAAUACGAGGCAGUUCCAAUUCACUAAUUUCAAUUUUUGCUCUUGAUAACAUUUAAUACACAUCCAAGAUGGACAUUUUUUUUUUUUCAGCCAAACCUGUGUUUGGGUCUCUAAGUGAAUUCAUAAAAAUUCCUUCCUUCUUCUCUUACCAUAUGGUUUUCAAAUUUUGAUCUGUAGUCUCUGCUUCCUGUAUCUAUUUGUCUGUAUCUCUCCCCACUAUAUUGUUACUGAGGUAAAAACACAUUUUCUUUAUUUUCCUUUAUUAUUAUUAUUAUUAUUUUUUUUUUUUUUUACAGUUUAGGCCCAUAUAUAUAAACUAAACUCUUCUUGAGAUUUUUUUUUCCCUAAUGAAAAGAAAACUGAUAAAAUCUCAUGGAGAGGUUUGUGUAGUUCUUGAUUAUUCUUGAGAAUAAUGUGCCUAUAUCUUACCGUGGCAUAUAGGUCUCAUUUUGUGUAUCUUUUUAAAAAAUUUUUUUUAGUAUAACAUUAUACAAACUGACUAGGAUACAUAUUCAUUAUUUUUUCCAUCAUUUUCAAAACUGAUUUUUGCAUUGUUAAAUUUCUAAUGCUACCGUCAUAACAUUUUAACCACAGAGAAAGUCAGCCAGUAGUUUUUUUAAAAGUGAUGAAGAUUAAGUUGUUCUUCAGCUUACUGUUAGGAUACAUCACAGCAAGAUGCAAGGUUUCCGAAAUCAGCAAAUUGAUAUUCAUUAAUUAUUAUUCAGAUGGUAUCACAUCAAGCCAAUUCUAGUUGAAAACUCACCUGCACACUAAAAUGUAUAUUUUUAUUUGUGGUAAAUAAAAUUUUCUUUCUCAUAUAUUUAAAAUUAUAUAUAGAGAGAAUUAUAUAUAAACCAUUAUAUGCAACAUACUCAUACCAGUGUGGAUAUUCAAAUGUUUAUAUACAUAUUAUGAAUUUAUUAUAACGCAAAAAGUCAAAGUGGCCCAUACAGUUUGACAACUAAUAUACUCUCUUUCAAAUGUAUACUCUUUAGAGAACAUAGUCUCAAGUAUUUCAUUAUGAAUUAAACAGAUCUAGUAAAGACUUCUAAAACUAAAACAGUUUGAUUAAAAAAUGGACUGAUUCUCCUUACAUAUAUUGAAUAUUUCAGUAAAUGUUUUUGACUCAUUUUUAAAAAUGUUGGAUUAUUUUCCCGAGAUUUUUCUUUGAUCAAAUGAAGAAAACUGUACUAUUGUAAAUGAUUAGGUUACCUAGAAGUAGACCUUGUUCUUGUCUCUAGGAGAUUAAAGACUUGGAAUAGAAAAGAUGGCAGACUCCAUACCGAACAUAAAUGUUAAGUGUGCACAUGCACAAAUACACACAUGUGUUUAUACUGUAUCUGCCCCAUCCCUGCUGGCACAAAAGUAGGACAGGUUCUUAGGUUACAUUAGCAAUGCAUAGCGGUUUCUUGAACACUAAAAUAUGUACCUUGAAACAAAUUUCGGGAUUAUUUUAUGUGUCUAGUAGAAUUGUUUCCUCAGUUGCUAUUUGAUAGAUUAACAGAUGGUUAACACGAGUAUAAUUACUUAACAUAAUUUUUUAUGAACUGUAAUCAGUCAUCAGGAAACUCAUUAUUUUCUCUCUAUUUAUAGAUGAAUGUAGUGCUAACCAAGAAAGGGGGCAUCUUUGAUCGAUAGUGGAUUUCUUACAAUUGAGGUAUAGGUUAUGAAAAGAUAGAAUACUGAACGUCAGAGUAGCAGGAAAUGACAGCACGUGACUGGAAGUGAUGAUAUUUUGGUGUAAUUUAUUGUGCAGCAGAGUCAGAGAACUGUUGGAUGUUAAUUGUUGUGGAAAGGUGGAUAUCCCGAGUAGCUAAUGGGAUGUAGCUUCAGUGCCCUCACUUAGACAUGCCCCUUUCAAGUCUGUACCUAAUUUUGCAUUAAGAAUUUCUCAUUAAUUUUCUUGACGGAGAUCAGAAAUAGUAUAUACAUUUCUGGCCCUACAAUAUCUGCCCUGUGAGUAAGGUAAAAUAACUUCCAUUAUUUUUUCUGUUAGAAAUAAACAUGGGCCGUUUAUAGAAUGUUUUUAAAUAAAGUUUUGAGUUAAUUUAAGUAUCUAUAUAUAAAACUACAAAUGAGUUUCUCAUAAUAUAUAUUACUUGAUAUAAAUGGAGGGAGUUCAUUUUUGACAUUUUUUUUACGUUUCAGUUCUGAGUGGUAGAAAAACAAUGAGUGGGGUUUUCAUUGUAACUCUCUUUCUUAGGAAAGAACUCUCGAGAGAUUUGGGAUUUGAGUGCAGAUGAGUAAAAGACUGAUUUUACUUAAAUGUAAUCUUGCUUCAUUUUACCCUACAUGAUAUGCUGUAUGUUGGUGCUGAUGAUGUUUACAGAGUCGCAUUUUACUUGCUAACAAUUCAAAGUCAGGAAUUAAAGUAUGACAUUGUGUAACUGGCAAGAAGCUUGUGGUGGAUAUAGAGUAGAUAACGAGUCAUCUUGACAGCUUCUGUUUACAUACUUUACAUAUAAGGUAAAAGAAUUGAUUACCUAUAAGUGUAUUUUAGGUUUGUUUUCUCAUAAACAGUAUUUUACAUGUAUCAAUAUAUAUAAUACCUAAAAGUGUAACCUCUAGGUAGUAUUAUUAAUGCACUUAAAAAGGUAUUUUAAGAGCCAAUUUUUGAAGAUAAUCCUUGCUUCUUUUUGUUGCAUUUUCAAAUUAUUUGGUUUCUAAAAAAUGUUUGGCCUAUAUUUAGAUCCUAUACAAAGUCACAAACGCAUAAAUCAUGGUCUCACAGAAAGUUCUCCAGGUUUCCAUGUUGUGAGAUAUUGUCCUUCUUUAGAACUUCCUAAGGAUAUUAGCUUGAUAUUUUUGAAUCAUUCUGGGUUUUUUUUAAUGGAUCAAUGAUUCCCUUUAUUUUGUCACAUUUUGGCAUGAUAUCCUUUUGAUGGGAGUGAGUCUUAAUUUGAAUUUAUACAAUUACCUAGAUAUCCUUAGUGUGAAACUACCACGUGGCUUACAUUCCGGAAGUCCUCAUUUCUCAUCUCUUUGUUACCAUUGGCUUUAAAAUAUCACUGGGAGGUAGUUAUAUGAAAUAGUUAUCUGUUACAUGUGUGUAUUUCAACUACUUGGAUCAAGGGUACAUUUAUGGUAUAAAUCUCUCAAGAAAACUGUGGAGCAGUAGGCAUCUGAGAGCCAUGCAGAUGGGUGCACUGGUUUGAAAGUGAACAUACUUGUUUUUCCCUCAACAUACACACUACUGACUUUUUUCAAAGCAUGACUUUCAAGUGAACUAAUUUAUUGGUUAGCAGACUUGCUUGCCGAGUCCUUAUUACCUCUUGAAGCCUCUAAAGGUCAUGCCAAACGCUAGAGAAACAAAAAAGACUAAUGCACAGUUACGUCUUUUGCAGAAGUGACUGUAUUUUGAGCACCUUGGGCGACAGUGUAUUUUGCACAGAGUCUUGUGGGAAAACAUUAGGCUUUUGGGUGUUGCAUCUGUAUAAUUGGUUGGGUUGUGAGGGAUCUGACUUGCAUGAGGAUUGUGAAGAUAGACCUCACUUAUCCUACUAAUUAACCGUCUUCAGCACUUGCUCAGAAGCUCAUUUGUAAUCACACCUGGAGGCAAUGCAAUGUGGUUCCCUGGUUCUAGGUUUGAACUGUCUUAUUUCAAAGGAUUUCUGAUUUAUUUUUUCCAUAGAAUUUCUCCUUCAUUCCAAAUUUCCAUAUACUGACUAAUGCAAUAUAAAGAAAUAUUAUAUUCAAGUAAAAUAAUGCUUUGGGGAAAUAAAACAUUGUUUCAAAUGAAUGUAUGCUUUUCACAGAAUAGAGGUGAUCUACAUGAAACUGCGUGUUUUAAUGAUUUCAAACACUACCAUAUAGCACUUUUGAAUUGCUUUGGAAGCAAAAGAACAAUAUAUAUCUAGGAUUAUUACACAAACCACAAGAAUCCUCCAAAAAAUUUAAGUAGUCUUGUAUUUUUUUUUUAUCCUCUCCCUGGAGAAGUUUUUUACCUAAUAGUUUCCCUUUAGGAUUAUUACUAAUGCUGUAAAUCUGGAUCUAAACUUUUUGAUUCUUACAUCUUGAAAACCAGAUUCUUCUUUUGACACUAUCCAUGUACAGAGAGUGAGAUAUGGCUUUACUCUUUUAGGAUAUUUGGGGCCAAUGUUAUUUUGAACACAGGCAUGGGCCUCAAGUUUCUAUUUCUUUGUAGAUGGGUUGCAAUACAAUAGUAAUGAGUUUUCAGUGGUACCCUCAACAUUUUGAGAACUUUGCAAAUGUACGCAUCAGUUGUGUUAAAAGCGCAUUGCUUAGUAUCAUGAAAUAUAGUGUCUUCUCUCUGUGCCAAAUUGGUGAGCAGACAUGUAGUUGUGUUUUACUAAUGCUGUUGGCUACCUGUGGUUUUAUAAUAAGUACAAGUCAGAAAAAGGCAAGACAAAUGGCCUCUCGUACUGAAUGCUUGGCGAACUUAAUUUGUCCUACUUUUCUGACGAAGAUUUGACCCUAGAUUUCAUAGAACUUAUUUUUUUCUACUUAUCGUAGAAUGGAUUAGAUGGUAGUGAUGCACUGGUAGAGAUAGUGUUUAGUUAUUGACUCAGAAUUCAUUUCAUGAUGAAUUUUUUGCAUCUUCUUAUUGUAUGUGUAUCUGUAUUUACUUUAUAGGAAAUGGGUUUAGUGAGCUUCGUGUUAAAAUCUGACCUAGUAACGGUGACUUCUUCUUCAAUUAUCAAGGGGUAGAAAAUAUGUGUGUUGGUAUGUUUGUAUCAACACAUUAUUAGGUACUGGAUAUGAAUGUAUUUAAAUGCCUCUGACAUUCUAUGGCAAGCAUCAAUAAUUUGCACUCAUGGAAUCAAUUAGCCCAGUGAAAAAUGGUAGAGUACUCUGGAGGGUUGUGCUGGCAGCCAUCUCUUUGAUCUAUGCUUAAAUUGUAAUUUACAGACCAGCUCUAUCCCUUAACUUGAAUCUGGAAUUCAUCUGUCAUGACCUUGUACCAUUCCCUUAAGUAAGGGGCAGGGGGAACAGGGUUUGGUCUGGUGAUCUAAAGUACAAGAACAGAGAAAUCCAGCUGAGGAAGAAUGAGCCUCAGUAUCCUAAAUGGUCCUCCUCUGUGGUGGGGUUUCUUCACUCUGGCGUUAUGAUGAUAAAACUUGGUAGAGGGGUUUGUGCAUCUUUUAUACAAAUUUUAUACAACGUCUUAUAUUUAUAAAUUCUUAAAUAACAAAAUUCCUUUUCUGCAUCUGUAUUCCAGCCAUAUUAGGAGUACUGAUUUAUUUAGAUAUUUGAUAUAAAAAUAUAAAUGGUGUAAAGGGACUUUCAUGUGUGAAUUGUGUUGUGUUGCUUAAGGUUCUCUGGCACUGAUGCCUAUGCCAUCAUAUAAGCAUCAUAUGUGAAAUAAAAUGGAUUUUUCUAUAGUUUAAUGAUUUCCCUCUGGGGAGAGUUCUGCUGCAGCAAUCACACUGCCAGAUGAUGUUUAUGGGCUAUUUGUAUAAGUGGUAAGAUACUAUGAAAUAAGAGUGCUUUCAUCUGGUAGAAACAUGUCUUGACACAUGUGUUUUGGAUGGAAUAAAUUUUGGUGCAAUAUGAUGUCACUCAAUUUUGCAAUGAAUUUAAUUUCAAUUGUAUUUAUGUAUAUGCAUACCUGUCAUGCUUCUAGUUGCUUCAACCUUCAUAUAUGUAUUUUUGUCCAUAUUUUUACUUGAAAAUAUUUUAAAUGGAAAUGAAAUAAACAUUGUAUAGUUUGAAUAAUAAAA